UCUACUGGUUCUACUUGUUCUCUGGUUCUACAGUGAAAGUUUCGUGGGUGUAGAUUGUGUAGAUAUUCUCUGACUGUUCUGGUUGCACUUCUAUCGCUUCCAUUCUCUGCGUCAGUCAGAGCCACGGCACGGUGCAGAACAAUUUCAGGGUGAAGUAAAAGUUUGGCCGUGUGGUUGGUGUGGUUGUGUCUGCGUCGUGGUUCGGUGUUUGGUAGCACGGACCGCAACGGUUGCAGUGUUAACUAGAGACGCAAUGAGCCGACGCGAAUUCGCUAGUCCGUUGCUUGUGCUGCGAAGUUCGUGGUGCGAAUAAUGGUGAUGGUCAUGGAAUCGGGCGGAUCUUCAGAGACGCCCGUGAUCUUCUCGGAGGACUCGCCGAGUGCCGACGAAGCAGCCUUCUCCGAGCCGCAGACUGUCAGCGUCAGUGUGACGGACCACUUGCCAAACGUCCUCCUGGCCACGUCGCAAGGCAUCAUUACAUCCGAGCAACUUCAACAGGCGGGCAUCAAGGCCACGCAUAUCGUAAUCCACGAUCAGAAUGCGCUGGACGUGUUCAAAACAGCACAGGCAUCUCUGGCAGCCCAGUCGUCUGGUGAAGAUGGGUCAGGAACGGCCCAGAAGUUCAAGUACAACUGGGAUGAAUCUGUCCAUGAGCCAGAACUGUUGGUGCGUUGCCGCAAUGUGUGUGGUCACCUCCACAAAAAUAAGUUUGGCUCAGGAGGCAGGGGCCGCUGCAUCAAGUCUGGCAGUCGGUGGUACACACCGUCGGAGUUUGAAGCCCUGUGUGGACGGGCAAAUAGCAAGGACUGGAAGCGCAGCAUUCGCUACGCAGGACGCACCCUCCUGUGCCUUAUUGAGGACGGCAUCUUGAUGCCACACGCCACAUCCUGCACGUGUGCCGCCUGCUGUGACGACAUGGUCGUGAGUGGGCCUGUUCGUCUUUAUACACCUUACAAGAGGAAAAGAAGAGAAGAGGCCCUUACUGCUGGAAGGUCAUCUGAUGAACCGCCAGAAAAGUUGCCAGCUUUAGCUCCGAAGCCUGCGCCGUCCAAACCAAAUGACUGUGGCCCAGCUGUGGAAACAGCAGUUACGAAUUGCCGCCUGGCACCCACACCAUCAGACUUCACAGAGCAGCGACAGUGGUGGCAGCUAGAAGAAAUGGUAAAGAAUCUCGCGAAGCAAGUGCAAGAGCUUCAAAAGCAAGUCGAUAUGGUGAAAGCACAAAGCAUCACAACGAGGGAAGCAGCACUUCAGCAACUCAGAAUGCAGCUUGACAAUGAGAAAAAGGAGGCCAUGAACAAUACUUGGAUGGAGGCACAGCUGAGCUUCUCAAGGAGCACAACGGAAGUUCACGCUGAAAAGGAAACAUCUCAGGCCAUUGUCCAAGUUCCUGGUGCUGCAGAGAAAGACCUUAUACCAAAGAGGUGUGCCAACUGCAACAGGGAAGCCUUGUUGGAAUGCACCGGGUGCCAUCGUGUCAGCUACUGCAGCUCAUUUUGUCAACGCAAGGACUGGAACACUCACCAGCAAGGCUGUUCCCAAGAGGUGGUCGAGGAACCUGGCAUGCUGGAUAAGGAACAAGCUGGCUCUCUCUAGUGUAUGGGUACUGUCAUGGCUGUCGGUUUGCAUAGUAGCUGCAGCAUGACUAAUGCAAUGAGUGCCAUUUUGUGACAUAAUGAAAUACAUGUUAUGUGCAAAUGGUCCUGUGUGGUGACGGCAGCCAGUGUUGAUAUUUGCUGCAAGAAUAGUCGCACUCGGUAUUACUUGGAACAUGGGAGCGCGUGGCCUCAUGAGGCUCUCUUGUUGCAAGUCAUAAUUAGCGCAGCUGUAUUGAUCAUUUUGUAUGAUUCGACGGGGGCUAGUUGGUAUGGCAUCGUUCUUUUGCUGUGCUAUACUGAAACACCAAGACAAAACGAGAAGACAGGACACAUUUGUGCGCAAACUUCCAACUGUUUAUUGCUAGCAACGCACGUCAUAUAUACACACACACAUGAAAGGGUGAGGGGCAUACUGUUGUUUACCCAUAGUAUCAACAACAUACGAUGCAUCUAGUUUCUAAGGUCAGAGACAGUGGUUACUCCCCUUCUAUGAUAGCAUGUAUCGCUGAAAAAAUUCUGAGAGGCCUGAGCAAAAGAAAGGAUGCAGCCAAAAACACUGAUGAAGAUCGGAAGAGGGUGACUGUGAUACCUUACAUGCAUAAAGUUUCACAUGAUCUAAAAAAGAUGGCUGAGAAGCGUGGCACGAAAGUUGUGUUCUCAGCUCCAUUGAAAAUGAAAGGGCUCAGCAAAAAAGUUAAUUCCAAUAAAGAGAAACCAUCAAGCAACAGCUGUGGAUUAAGGCAUUCUAACGCAUUUAGAGUGUGUAGACAAUGUGGUUUACAAAAUUUCCCUCGCGAACUCAAAAUCAUACAUAGGGCAGACAGGACGAUGUUUAAACGUCAGAUGCGCGACUGAAAUGCUCCAGGGUGGGUGUAAACCUACGUUUUGCGAUACCAAGGUUUUGGACCACUGUAACUCAGAAAAAGAACGAGAAAUCAUGGAGGCCUACUUUAUGCUAAAAAAUGAUUUGUCAAACCACGUAAGCUCUUCUUCUGUGGCACUGGGAAACCCAGCUCUUAAUUUCAUAGACGCCCAUUACAUCAAUCCACACGUGUCUUCUUGAAUCCUAGAUUUGCACAGUAAAAUAACUUGUUGCUAGGCUAGUUGGUAAAUCAUUUCAAAAAAUAUUUGAGCGCAAACACACGGCACAUUCACACAUGCACACAUUAACACACCCAGGCACCCAGGAGCGUUGUACGCGUUUGGUGCCUGGGUGUGUGAAUGUGCUAUGUGUUUGCACUCAAAUAUUUUUAAAAAUAGAUUUGCAUAGUUCACCCUCAGUUCAUUUUUUUCUUUAUCUUUCUGUUCCCCACCCUUCCAUGUGUGUGUAUACAUGACGUGCAUUGUAAAUUAUAAACAGUUACAAGUUUGCGCGCAUAUGUGUCCUGUCUUCUCGUCUUGUCUUGGUGUUUCAGUACAGCACAGCAAAAAAAAAACGAUUUUGUAUAUACAGUAAUCCCUCGUUAACUCGAAGCCGUCAAAUCCGGGGAAAAUUUCGAGAUAAGCGGUAUUUCAAGUUAAGCAAAACGCCGAAAAUGUUUGCCCAGGUCACUGUAAAAGAAAAGCCAGUGCUGCCAGGAAAAGCUCCACUGCACGAGACAGCUACCGUAGUAAAAGCACAAGAAUUCGGAGGGAAAAAAAAUUUAUUAUCGAGGACCAAAAAACUGCGUGAUGCUCGCCUGUUUCGUGUUCACAUUCAAGAAAGGCGUUCUCCAGUUGCUUAACACAUCGCAUGAGCCGUUGGUCGCCACCGCUGCAUUCUACCUUUUUGCAGAGCAAGCGCAGCACGUUUAUGUAUUUCUGUCGUUGUAGGCACUUCUCGAGGCUCUUCCUCGUCUGCAUGGUCAUCUGCGUCGUUCACGGCCAUCUCAACGAUAUCGGCGUCCGACAGCAUUCUGGUAACGGGGAGGCCCGCCUCGUAGAGCACAUACUCCUCAAAGGCGAUCUCGCCGUCUUCAGUAUCGCUCACGCAGCCAGUUGCCUUGUGCACUUCAUUGCACAGCUCAUCGCAGCCGCUGAAUUCUGCACCAAUGUCUUCUUCGAUCGAUUACGGGGUGUGAGAAAACUUUGCAUGUGCGAAGCAGUUAGCAGUCAGUGCUGCUUCGCCGUCCGGGAAUUUGGACGCUCGAAUGCGCUUCCGCUUGCUUGAGAAGCUUUGCUCGAAGCCUUCCAAAACCUUUUGUUUGUUCUUAAGCACUGUCGAGAAGGUUGACAGAGGGAUGUCGAAUUCUUUGGCGAUGCACCACUUGCUUCGACCUGCUUUUUCGACUUCCUUGAUUAGCGCGACUUUUCUCUCGAACGUCAGGUAUUUGCACUGCUUUGGGCGGGACAUCUUGGUUGAUAUUCGGAAGCGUCCGUUGCACAGACCACUCACUACUCAGCAAAACUGAACUCAAGAUGCGUCGUGCGCAGAUCGCGGGGAAAACAAAGAAUACCAGCUCGCACAUGCAAGGGCUAGGUUGCGUACUGACGGAUGGAUGGAUGGAUGGAUAGAUGUAUACAGCUGUGGCCUUUAGAUCGGGCGGCGGCUCACGCCACCUAGCCAUAAAGUUAAGUACUAUCACUAUGUAUUGAAGGAUUGCAUUUCACUCGUGCCUUGAUUGUAGCCACCAAUUGGUUAGCCACCUCCUGGUUAUUUCUACUCGUUUAAAGUCUAUUUUGCCUUCACUGUCCCUAAACCCCAAUGCUUUGAAAAAUUCCGCGCCAUUAUCUUGGACUGUAGGGUGAAGCCCUUUACGGAACAUUAUCAAUGUUCGGCUGUUUCCUCCUCCUCUCCACACGCACUACAUAACGUGUCUGUGCCUUUGUAUUUGGCUCGGUACGUCUUGGUCCGCAAUACUCCCGUCCUGGCCUCAAACAGCAGAGAACUACCCCGAGAAUUAUCGUAGAUCUUUUCUUUUGCAAUUUCCUGCUUGAAAGUUUGGUAGGUCUCUAGUGAUGAUUUCGUAAGCAUCCCCAUUUUCCACAUGUCCCUCUCUGUUUCCUUCACCUUCUUCUUAACCGAUGUUUCCUUUUGUCUUGGUAUUCUGCUGUUGUCUAAAUACUUGCUUGACAAUUUUCGAGUUCGCUUCCUCCAUUUAGUAUUAACAUUCUUCAUGUACAAGUAGCUGAAAACUUUCCUAGCCCAACGCUCCUCUCCCAUUUUUCUCAAUCGCUCCUCAAAUUCUAUCUUGCUGCUAGCUUCCCUGCCCUCGAACGAUGUCCAUCCCAUGUCACCCUGUACCCCCUGAUUUGAGGUAUUCCCGUGUGCUCCCAAAGCAAGCCUACCUAUGCCACGUUGUUUGAUUUCCAACCUUGCUUGAACCUCUGAUCUCAUGCACAAGACCGCAUUGCCGAACGUCAAACAUGGGACCAUUACCCCUUUUCAAAUCCCUCUCACAACGUCAUACCUAUUGUAGUUCCACAGUGCACUAUUUUUCAUUACAGCUGCAUUCCUGUUGCCCUUAGUCAUUACGUAUCUUUCAUGCUCCCUUAGGUACUCAGCCCCGUUGUGUAUCCAUACGCCCAGAUAUUUGUAUUUAUCCACUAUCUCCAGCGUGACUUCCUGUAUCUUAUCCUCACUGCCUUCAUUAUCAUUAAGAAUCAUGAUUGCCGAUUUUUUUUUCCCUACUGAACUUCAAAUUUAACCUAUCUCCCUCAUUACCGCAGAUGUCAUCAAUCCCUGCAGAUUUUCCUUGUUGUCGGCCAUUAAUACUAGUACAUCUGCAUACAUCAAUGCCGGUAAUGACUGUUCAACGUGUUUUCCUUGCUUGGCAAAAGACAGCCUGAAGCCGAGUCUACUCCCCUCUAAUUUAGCUUCUAAUCCUUGUAGAUACAGCAUAAAUAACAGAGGUGACAAGGGACACCCCUGUCGAAGCCCGCGUUGUAUCUCUAUAGGUUCGGAUACCUGUUUUUCCCAUUUUAUAACUACCUUGUUACUUUUAUAGAUGUCCUUUAAAAGAUUAGUUAUUCCAUCUUCCACAUCUAGUGUGUCCAGUAUUCCCCACAAGUCUUCUUGAAUCACACUAUCGUAAGCUCCCUUGAUAUUUAGAAAUGCCAGGCACAGGGGCCUGUGUUCUUUUUCCGCUAUUUCAAUACACUGCGUCAAUGAGAACUGAUUAUCCUCCAACCUCCUUCGUUUACGGAGCCCAUUUUGUAGUUCCCCCAGCACCCCCUCAUUCUCCACCCAUGUCUGUAGUCUUUCCUUUAUGAUCUGCAUCACCAGCCUGUAAACUACUGAUGUCACUGUUAUAGGACGGUAGGUGUUUAUAUCAGUUUUGUCCCCCUUUCCUUUAUAGAUCAUGCUCAUCCGGCUUAGUUUCCACCCAUGGGGGGCUUCACCAUCCAUUAUUGCUUUGCUCGCUGCGUCUCUUAAUGUUUGCUUAGAGUUUGGGCCUAAUUUCUUUAUUAGCAUAAUUGUGAUGCCGCCAGGGCCUGUUGAUGUGCUAUUAGGAACCCUCUUCUCUGCCCUUUCCUACUCUCGUUGUCCCAGUGGAGUCACUGCGCUAAUUGGUCUAUGCUCAUCCGUUAGGGUGCAUGCAUCGCUUCCUUGUUUAAAUUUUUCUGUUAUCAUUGUUCUUAUAAAUUCUAUUGCUUCAUUCCCGUCUAGCCUAACCCCUUGAACUGUAGUUAUAAACCUCUGUUCCAUGCUUGUCCUAUUACUCAGAGAAUUGAGAUGGUUCCAAAACUUUGCAGCUGCCUUUCUAUCCUUUUUGUUUACUUCCGCCAUCCAUUGGGCCCCCUUUCUUCUAAUCUUUUCAUUGAUAAGAUUGGAAGCUUCCCUUCUGCAGCUCAAAAAGUUACCCCAUUUUCUUUCAACAUCAUCUUCCGGUUCACCCCUCUGUUCAGCAUGCCUGUGUUCUCUGGAGGUUUCCUGAUGUCUUACUAUGGCUCUCUUAACUUCCUCAUCCCACCAGCUCUUGGGUUUGUGUCUCCUUUUCCCAGUUGAUUUGACUCGUACCUUAGCAAGCUCCAACUCAAACAGCCUAGUUAGAUUUGUGUACGUCCACACUGUUUUAGUAUCCUCGGUGAUUACUUUCUCAAUCUCUUGAGUUGCUAUUUCUAUUUGCCUUUCUGAAUAAAUAUUACCCUGUGGUUGCUCAUAUUGCCUCCUUCCUAUUUUCAUUUCUCUUCCAAAACUCAGCUUGAUACAUUUGUGAUCACUACCCAAGUUUCUGGAACCAUAUUCAUCUAUGUUCAUAACCCUUAGCCUAUCAUACAUCCUAUGUGACAUCAGUGUGUGAUCUAUCGUCGACUGCAGCCUUCCCACCUCCCAUGUCAUCUGCCCUUCGCACUUCUCGGUACUGUUGCAAAUGAUUAAAUCAUGCCUUUCACACAUAUCCAUCAGCAUUCUGCCUGUUGGGUCAGUAUAUCCAUCCAUAUCUUCUAUGUGCGCAUUCAUAUCUCCUAAUAUAUUUAUCUCACACUCUUCUCCUAGUUCAUCAAUGUCCUUUUCUAUGCACUGCACCAUUUCUUGGUUUUCCUCUCUGGCUUUUGCUCCUGUCCACAAGUAUACAAAACCCAGGAGUGUCAUCUGCCCUGCCACUUUCCCUUUUAGCCAUAAAUGUUCCCUGCUCUCCUGCUUGACCCUUUGCCAGUCUGUACUUUUAUGAAUAAAUGCCCUGAUAUCACCCCCCUUUCUGCUGCCUUCUGUUCUAUUGCAAUAUUCCCAUGCGUAGUCCGGAUUGCUAGGUGGUUGUUCCAUGUCCCUAAGAUGUGUUUCUACAAACCCAUGUACCAUCAGCUUCUCGUCCCUUAGCUGCUCUUCUAUCUCUCCCCACUUCAACCUAUUCCUGCCACCCUGCAUGUUAAUAUACCCUACGUCUGAAUUUGCUCGGCCCUCGUGCCUACGUCGAUUUCUUCUCCCCCGGACUCUACGUGUCUUGGAUAUUGGUGCCACUUUGAAAUCGUAUCUGUCUACACUGGUGGCCUCAGGGCACUGGGUCCCCCUAAAGAAGCUGUGGCUUGGCGACCCAUCCUAUUACCUACCCUCCUGCCCGUGGCACCACUGUAAUGAAUGCCAUCUUGUGCAAAAGGGCGGAAGCCGGGCUCGUACACGUCUUUGUUUACCUCCAUUACGCUGUAGCCGAGCUGCCGGCUCAUACCUCUGAUGACACAGUUAGCCUCUAUCACCCUCCUUUCCAUACCGCCAGAUUGCCCCCAGACUUCUGGGAUGGUGCAUAUGGUCACAUGCACACCCUCAGAAGCUUCUCGAAGCUUACGCACCUCAUCCUCUAACUGUCUCUGAAGGUUCUGGCUCUUUCCCUUCAGGACAUCGUUGAGACCAGCAUGAAUGAUGACGAGGUUUUCACCCUCCAUGCUGUCCCCUACCACUCCCUGUGCUUUGGCCAGUGCAUCCGUCAUGCACUUUCCUGACUGGGCCUCCACUUUUACCCUCCUGUCUGCCUUCACUGUCGUAAGGACGCCCUGCUCGACUCUGGCUACAUUGGAGUCCCCCACCACUAGGACCCUUCUACGGUCCAGUCGUUUGCUUCCGGCUUGCGAUUGCUGUGAUCCUGUUCGCGCCCGCUGAUCCCCCGUUCGCUGAGUGUCCCCGACUCGCGCGAUAACGAGCCCGCUGCCGGUGCUCCUUGCUUUGCCCCGCCGGAAGACUGCCGUGCCACAUCGCUGUAGCUUUUUCUCCUGCUGUCGCCUGUUCCUACAUGUGCCACUGCAGCCCCUAGGUCCCCUUUCUUGCCUGUUUCUGCCUGGGAUUCCGUGUUACCCUUGCCUUUCGCCUCACACUGCUCGGGACCGGAGUCAAGCGUCAUAAGCGCCUUUACUCGCUCUUCAAGCUCGGCCCGCCUUUCCCGUUCCUUCCUUAGAUCGGCCUCCAUUUGGUCUGGUGGUAGUUGUUUGAAGAGAAAAAGGCGCCUAAUUUCUGCAGCCCGGUCGGGAGCACGGCGCAGCGCCUAAAAUUCCAUUUGUUCUACUAGGCUGGCGGCGCACGCUGCACACGCCGCCCACCGCGCAUAAGUCGCGCACGGGUGCGCACACGUGAUCACUCCCACAGUUGCUUGACAAGGCUGAUAGGAACCAUAUAUGCGUCCACGGGAAUUUCAAAUUCGCCCUUCACGACCGCGUUCGACACGUAUAGUAAGAGCUAAGCGUUCGCACGGAGCCCUCGUUUCCUGUUGGGAGUGGACUUUGCCUUCUGCCCUACUGGUCAAGAUUUCGAGAUAUCCGCUGUUCCCUCCGGAAAAUGUUUCGAGAUAAGAGGGGGCAAAUACAUAGCACCCAUGGGAGGUUAAUGCACGGCGAAAAAAAGUUUCGACUUAACCGAGAUUUGGAGAUAUGCGAGUUCGAGUUAACGAGGGUUUACUGUAUGCAACUGUUGCAGACAUAGGCACAAAAAAAAUCUUUUUUGUCAUGUCAUAAUGACACCAUGGUCGUCCCAGCAGUGGUCCAGUACCUUCAUUUGGAACAAGACGAAUUGUGAAUGUAUGGCUGAAGGCUUUCAGCCAUACAGCUGAAAGGUCAGCUGUAUGGCUGACCUUUCAAGGCUUUAGCCUUGAAAGGUCAAUAUACUGGAGCAAAAGGGGGAGGAAUGAAAAGCCCACCCUUAUCAUGUUCAGUGUUUUCUUAAAUGACAUUCACUAAAUAUUGUCACUACUAAAAGCUGGAAUCAUGACAGUAGAGGACAACGAAGUGGGGAGCACCAUUCCUCUGAGGAAGACGAGGUUGGAGCGUGAAAGACAGACCCUGUCUUUCCUUGUCACACCGUGGUCCUGUGUCCUGUUCUUUUCACAUUGCAACAAUAUAUUGGAAUAUCUUGUAGGGGCGAAGCUCCUUAUAGCAUCACCUGGUCGGUCGUCACUCCAUCCGGCGUUCCCCCGCCGUCACGUCUCCCGUAUCAUUCAAUAGAUGGCGCUGUCCCAUAGAGAUGCAUGCAAACUGCAGUUGGGUGACGAUAUACUAGAUGGCGCUGUCCCAUAGUGAUAGAAAAAAAAAAGUAAAAUAAAAAAUAAAAAGAAAAAUUUUGAAAAAAUUUUAAAAAGAAAAAAAAAAGAAAAGAGACCAUGAUUGCUACAGGAGCUUCGCCCAAGCUCUUCACCAUUCACCCGUGGAUAUGCUGUAAUUUUUUUGUUUGCUGACAAGCAAUAAAAGCUUAUGCUAUUUGUAAGUGAUAGGCGUAGUGAUGAGAACAGUUCCUAGCCACUGACAGCUUAACAGGCAUGGUGUUGUGCUGCUAAGCCUGAGGGAACAGGUUUGAUUCUUGGCCAGGAUGGCUGCCUUUCAAUGAGUCUGAAAUUCAGGAGCACCUGUGCACGUAAAUUGAGGUCCCAGCACCCAAGGUGGUCAGAAUUAGUUGGAGUCUUUUAUCUACAGCACGCCUCAUGAUUAUAUUGCAAUUUUAGCUUGUAACUCCAUAAUCUAACUUUUUUAAUGAGAACAGUUCCCAAGGUGAGCAAGUCUUAAUACUUCAAGAGUCUACUGCAGCUCAAUGUGAGCUCUGUACUCAAAAGUGCAUUGCUCAUACUAUGAGUCUGUCUCCUACUUGUGGCAUCAACCAAACAGCAAUCGAAGUAGCAUCCUUGCGUUUUUGAAUUGUAACCUUAUCACCAAUGGUCGUGAUUACAAAACACCAAAUUGCAUAUCCACUUGUAAAGCUCAAAGCGAGCGUUUAGCACUAUCUGAACAAGCACAAGAAAAAUAUUACCUAUAAGUGGAAUUUUUGGAGUAUGAAAGAUUUGGAUAAUGCCUUGUUCAUGAGCUUUGUGCCUGAAGAAACUCUCUCUGUCUCGGAAACUGAUUCAGCCUCUUCAAAUAGGUCGGUGCAAAAUGUACAGAUGCAUAUGUGUUUGUCAAAAAUUUUGUUCCUGAGCAAAACGCUGCUGAGGAGCUAAACUUAGUCAUUUACUCAACAGAAAUUUCUACUCCGAAGAUGGCGGUGAAGGGAAAACGCCCUAUGCCAGGCGUUCCAGGACACUUUCUGCAUAGACUCAGUCUUCCUUCAAUGCCUCUCUCGCAUCCUGUGUGCAUUAGGGCUGAAGAAACUGUUGCAUUUGAAAAACCGACUCGAAUGUGCAUCUAGACUAACUUUUUCCGAUAAUUGCUUUUGCCAGGACACUACUACAAAAAGUACGGAAACACAUAUGUACAAAUUUACACUUAAAUGCAACUCUUCUUCCUUUUUCUGUCAAUUUGAUGUUUCGUGAACAUGAGAGAACAUACUUAAGAUCCAAAACUCAUGACCAUGGCAACUAUAGCUACAUGCUUGCUCAUUUAAGCGAUUAUGCGUGAACGUCAAUUUGGACUCUUUGCUGGCUUUGUAACUCUGAUCUCACAAAAAUAAUGCACCAUGUACAUACAGGUUAAGUAAGAGCACACACUUAGCUUUAAUUCUGGGUAGUUUAAAGAAAAUCGAAGAUGGUGUUUUCUUUUAUUGCAUUUCAAAAUCUUGCAUUUUUAGAUACGCGCCUUCACUUAUGCAUUUUUGGUUUGCGUUUGACAUCAUUCUCGGCCAUUGUAUUUAGCACAGUUGUUAAACUAAUAUGUGUCAACACUGUAGGAAAUUUUGGAAAUUCUGAGUAUUAUAGACGCGGAGCAAAAAAAUCUUAACUUAGAGCAUUAUUGAGCAAUGUGCCAUAUUUGCGAUUUCUAGAAAUAAAAUAUGGGCAACAAAACUGCAAAAUAAGAA